CCCUCAUGGUUACAGAGUCAGGGAAGCCUUAUCUAAAGCAGAGCUUACCCAAUAACACAUUUAACCUUUAUUGUGAUGGAUUCGGCUACAAAUUGAUGGCAUGCUCAGGGAUGAUGAGCUAGAGAGGUGAAAUCUGGCACUCGCAGAAUCUGUCCCAGGAAGGUGGCAUCUCUGUGGGCCCUGGGAAGAUCGGCUAAUGGACAGCCAACCUUGAUGACAUGCCUGGAACCCUGCACAGCUAAUGCUCUAUGUUACAUGUUAAAUUAUACAACACUGAAUACCGGGAUACUGGAUGGAAUCGGAUUCGUGUCCAAUGUAAAUGAAUGCCAAAUUCAGGCAAGCACUGACAAAGGACAUGAGGUAAUGGACUGAACCGUACCAGUAUCAUUCAUAGCCAUCAAACUAACCAAUUAGAAGUGGGGUCAUAGGUGGACUGUCAAACAGGACCAAUUAGAGGAGAGGUGAAAGGUGAACUGUCAAACUCUCUGGAAGUGUGAGAGAAUUCAGUUGGAAAGGAUUUCCACAAUCCUGUAACAUGGAGACAUGAUUCAGAAGGUAAUGGCAGUCUGAAUGGCUGACUGGAUGGCCUAAAUCAUGCACUCAACAAAUCUGACGUUAACAACAACUUUGCGACGUAGUUUUGUGUGAUGACCAUUCUUCACUGGAUAUCUGCAUUUACAAACUUGAAGCAGAAUAAAUAUUGUCCGGGAAAUGUGGAAAAACCAUAAUGUGUGCGUAUUUGUGCUAAUAAACUCAAAGCCCCCUGCCUUCAGCUCUACAUCUGAAGUGUUGGACCUGGAGUAGUACCAUUUCUGACUGAAUGUUGUGAGGUCACAAAUAUUCGACCUUUGCAAUCAACAAUGGCAAGCAGACCAUGCUAUUAUUUACUGAUCAUUAUUUUCCCAUAUCUUCUAAUGAUUUUGCUCUUCUACCAUGAAAUUGAAGAAGCUGAAAACAGUCGCAAAGCUGCCAUUCAAAGGUUUCUAAGAGGACCAACUGAUAUUCCAGUCGCUCAAUUGAGCGUUAGGCCUUUAAUGCCUCAUACCACCACAACAUUAAAGGCAGUGCCUGAUACCGUGAGAUUUAAUGUACUUCAGGAUAAACAUUUCAACAAAAAUCCACGAUCAAAUGCCAAGAAACCACAAUUAGCAAAACUCAGAGUUAAAGUAAAAGCACAAAGCAAAGGAAAUCUCACAAAGAGAGUUGUUGAGAAGGUCAAACACGUCGGUCAAGGUGAAAGUCUUGUUCUGAAGACAAGGGGGCAAAGAGAAAAUCAGGAUUCCCACAUUCUGUUAGAUCGACAAGAAAAAGAAGUCCCUGCUGUAACGAAGAAAAAGUUUACAACAACUCCCAGGUAUCAAGUGCCAAAGCCACUCAUCAACAAUAACUGUCUUCAGUCGCCGAAAACUUCAUCUUCGGUGGGUAACUAUGGCUUCCAUAACAUUUCAAACAUCCACGUGUUUUCUGUGUAUUAUGACAAUCGCGACACGCCGGCACAUAUAAGACUAAUCGUGCUGAAGAACAAAACUGACGAUCGCACGCUCCUCUGCGGAUUCGGGAAAAACGGACACUUAUACAUCGUUCCCACUGAGUCGUACGAGAUGUGUGAGAACCACGACAAGCCGCUGGGAGGUUGGAUUUUGUCAUGCUCCAUUCCAGCGCAAAUCAAAACAGUACCUUGUCAUGUCUACCUCAGCCUGAGUGUUGAUGGUUUCAGGAAAAAACACCGCAGCUCUGUUCUGAAAAUGAACAUCACCAUGGCCACCACAGACAAGGGGAGCUCUAAGAAGGACUUCGGGGUGUGUGUUCCCCCGAUCUUUGGUGAUGUAUCCAUCAUUUCACUGGUUCAGUUCGUUGAGCUCUCAAAGCUCCUUGGUGCAUCAGAUUUUACAUUCUACCACACCAACACAAGCCCAUCAGACGUGGACCAAGUUCUCAGAUAUUAUCAGAAGAAAAGGGAAAUAACUGUUAUCCCCUGGAUUUUACCUGGCAAUGCCAGUGAAAAGAUAUUAUGGUAUUAUGGGCAAAUUUUAGCCAUCCAAGAUUGUCUCUACAGAAAUAUGGCUCGUUUCAAGUAUCUGGUUUUCAAUGACUUGGAUGAAUUCAUAGUGCCAAGGAAUGCCACAACUUGGUCGGAAAUGGUCGAAGAAAUUUUCAAGGAUUCCAGUCAGAUAAAUCUCACCUCGAGCAAUACAGCUGGUUUUGCUUUUAAAAGUGCAUUUUUCUCACCAAAGGAGCCAAUUGAUGGCACGUACAAAGUUAGAUUUUUGCAGUAUUUUUAUAGGACGAAAACCUUCAGUUCUCUUCGAACCAAGAUGAUAGUAAAACCUCGAAACAUCUUUGAAUUAGGAAUUCAUCAUAUCAGCCAUCCAAUCAAAAAUGCUGUUACAGUUCCAGUUGACCCCAGUAUAGCCUUAAUACACCAUUACAGGACUUGUAGCAGUGAUUACGACAACAGUAUGAAAUGCCAUCCCACCACUGAAGAUCUGACUUUACUGAAAUACGCGCCAUUACUACAGGGUAACUACAUUCGUACAAUGGAUGAAAUAGUUUCAGCCCUGUAUGGAAUGAGGUGAUAUUAGCUGGUUUUUAAACAUAACUAUAUUAAAGAUUUGUUUUACCUA